UUGGAGGGUGGGGGGCGGGGGGCCUCAAGCUCUUUUCGUUGCGGAAAGUCUUUGAAGUAAGGGAUCUAGAAGAGUGACCCUAGGCGACCAGGGCAGGCGUCUGCUGCUUGGUGACGCUGCUAUUCCGGGAAAGUGGAGGCAGAGGGCGCGGCCUUGGCCCGGCAGCCACUCGCUGAAGCCCCUGGCAGGGGUUCGCCAAGCUGUCCUGCCGGGUCCUUCCCAUCCCCGCCGCCGCCGUGACAGCUGGGGGUCUAGGGAGCCGACUGGAGGAGACCCGCGCAUUGUCUGCGCGCGAUGGGGACGUGGGCGUGCCGGCUGCCUUCACCUCCUCCCGGACCCGGCAAUUGUAUUGUGUGGGGAGGAGCCGGCCGAAAAGCCCUGGGAGGGCUUAAAACGCCAGAAAGUUCGCGGGCCGCUGGCCACCAACCUUCAGCCCUGGCGGCCCACGCCCUGAGCCCACUUCGGAGGAGGUGCUGUCUACGGAUCUGCAUUAGAAUUUAGGAUCCUGGAAGCCCCUUCCCCCACCCCCAGGUUUCAAUGCUAGAGGAGGGAUUCCGAAGCCUGCCUUUCCCGGGUCUCCUGAGCUCACUGCCGGGAAGCUGCUGUCUGCGUGUCCUGGAACUUAAAUUGUGUCAAGUUGUGAGUUGAGUGCCACCCCCCUCUGGAGAGAAGCAGGGAGGAGACCAGGACCCCGGGCACCCUGCACCUCUGCUUCCAGGCUGGGUGGGUGAAGACGGGGUCUGCAGCCAGAAUCUACAGCCUAUUGAUGAAGCAUCUUCUUCCGUGACCAAAGCUCCAAGGUCAGGGACACUGUAAAUGGCUCGACUCCCUGCCGGCAUCCGCUUCAUCGUCUCCUUCUCCAGGGAUCAGUGGUACAGGGCCUUCAUUUUCGUCCUGACGUUUCUGCUGUACGCCAGUUUCCACUUAUCCCGAAAGCCCAUCAGCAUAGUGAAGGGUGAGCUGCAUAAGCACUGUGCUGGGGGUGAGGCUGAGCCCAGCUUCAGUGGCCAGAGCAGCGGCGCCAGCCACAGGCCCCCUCGCCAGCUCCCGGACAACGAGACCGACUGCGGCUGGGCCCCGUUUGAUAAGAACAACUAUCAGCAGCUGCUCGGGGCCCUGGACUACUCCUUCCUGUGCGCCUAUGCUAUUGGGAUGUACCUGAGUGGCAUAAUCGGGGAGCGCCUGCCCAUCAGGUACUACCUGACGUUCGGGAUGCUGGCCAGCGGGGCCUUCACCUCCCUGUUUGGGUUGGGAUACUUCUACAACAUCCACAGUUUCGGAUUCUACGUGGUCACGCAGAUCCUCAACGGACUGGUGCAGACCACCGGCUGGCCCAGCGUUGUCACCUGCCUCAGCAACUGGUUUGGGAAAGGAAGGCGAGGGCUGAUCAUGGGCGUCUGGAACUCCCACACCUCGGUGGGCAACAUUCUGGGCUCCUUGAUUGCUGGCUACUGGGUGUCCACGUGCUGGGGCCUGUCCUUCAUCGUGCCUGGGGCCAUCGUGGCAGCCAUGGGGAUAGUGUGCUUCCUCUUCCUCAUUGAGCAUCCGAAGGACAUCAGAUGCUCCUCCACCCUGUCCAUGCACUCCAAAGGCUACGAGAGCACAGUGGACAGGUUCAGACUCCACAGGCCAGCCCUGCACGGCGAGAAGAGCCGGCCUCUGACCCUCACCCAGGACCCAGAGAUGCAGUGCCUACUGCUGGCUGACGGGAAGAGUUCCAUCUGCCCGAGCCACGUCGUCGUCCUGCCAGGGGACAGCGGGAACAGCAUGACCGCCAUCAGCUUCACGGGGGCCUUGAGAAUCCCGGGGGUGAUCGAGUUCUCUCUGUGCUUGCUCUUCGCCAAGCUGGUCAGCUACACUUUCCUCUUUUGGCUCCCGCUGUACAUCACCAGCGUGGACCACCUCGAUGCCAAGAAAGCCGGCGAGCUCUCCACCUUGUUCGACGUGGGCGGGAUCUUCGGUGGGAUUCUGGCGGGUGUCAUCUCGGACCGGCUGGAGAAGCGGGCCUCCACCUGCGGCCUGAUGCUGCUGCUCGCGGCCCCCACGCUCUACGUCUUCUCCUCCGUCAGCAAGAUGGGCCUGGAGGCCACCGUAGCCAUGCUGCUCCUCAGCGGGGCCCUGGUCAGCGGGCCCUACGCACUCAUCACCACUGCCGUCUCCGCCGACCUGGGCACUCACAAGAGUCUGAAAGGGAACGCACAUGCCCUGUCCACCGUGACGGCCAUCAUCGACGGCACCGGGUCUGUAGGAGCAGCCCUGGGCCCCCUGCUGGCGGGGCUCAUCUCCCCCUCGGGAUGGAGCAACGUGUUCUACAUGCUGAUGUUCGCAGACGCCUGUGCCUUACUGUUCCUGAUCCGCCUCAUACACAAGGAGCUGAGCUGCCCGGGGCCCACGGCAGGGGGCCAAGCUCCGCUGAAGGAACACUGACCCCGGAGUCCCGUGCGGGAAGGGCUGAGCCCGUCCUUCACAACUGUGUUUGGAGAGAAAGCGAAGAAGGAUCCUGCCCGGGUGGCUCGCCCUUGCCUUUGGCACAUGCUCCUGGAAAGGCCCGAGGGCAGACUUG